CUAGGCAAUCCUAAUCACUUCUCUUGUGCAAAUUCGUACCCCUUCUUGGGCUCAUAAAAAUUCCUGCUUUUCUGUAAGAAUGCUCUAGAACCAUCUCCCAACCCCUAUAUAUACCCUAGGCCAACUUCCAAGCAAUUCAUUCCCUCAUAUCCCACCGAAUAUUCCAACGAGAAAGUGAUGUCCCACUCGUUCUCUAUAUAUUUAGCAUCAUUUUCCUACCACAAACUGCCACCACCAGUCUCACAUAACAUCUCUCUGCUCUUCUGUUAAGCUCUACAGUCUGCAUCUCCUUGUUUCCAGUCAUAUCAAUUCAUAUGGAAAGUGGGAGUGGGAAAAAGAAGAGCAUACUAUCGCUGGGACCGUGGGGAGGAAAUGGUGGGGCCAGCUGGGACGAUGGGAUCUACCAUGGAGUGAGAGAAAUCACUCUGGUUUAUGCCCUGUGCAUCGAUUCCAUUCGUGUGCUUUAUGAUAAGAACGGUAAGCCUGUCUUAGCAGAAAAGCAUGGAGGCGGAGGAGGUUAUAAAACGGCCGAGAUAAAGCUGCAAUACCCAGAGGAGUUUCUAGUGAGUGUGAGCGGGCACUACUCUGUGUUUAAUGGGAGCCAAGUGAUCCGAUCACUGUCAUUCAAAAGCAACAGAAGAAACUUUGGGCCAUUUGGAGUGGAAGAAGGGACGCCAUUUACAUUCUCCAUGGAUGGAGGAACUAUCGUGGGUUUCAAUGGCAGGAGCGGUUGGUACAUAGAUUCCAUAGGGUUCCGGGUGUCACGUGUCCAAUCUGCGAAGCUCUUCCAAAGGGUUCAGAAGGGCCUUCAAAGGCUCACCAGUACUGUUACAAGGUCUUCUGCCCCCAGAGAUAAUGAAAUCUAAGCUCAUCAUCACACUCCAUAUUAACGCCCUUGCAUCCACUUUUGGUGCUUAAAAUAAUUUGUAUUACACUUGUUGCAGCUCUUCCAUGACAAUUUAAAGAGAUCCAAGUGGGAAAUAAUGCCUAGUGUUAACUCUCCAUUUCCUCUCUAGCAUGCAUAUAGAUUCUGCAGGUUAUAAUUGUCUACUCGGUCAACUGCUUACAGCUAAAUUUAUAAAGCCACACCUAUCGAAACUCGUUCUA